AUGUCCAUGACAUACGCUAUCCCUACGGGCCUCAUGCGAUCUGACUCACCUUCGGUGCGCUCGCUUGGUAAUGCCUCCCAUCUUUUCCAAGUUCCCUUCUCAAUGACACCCUCGAGGGACACUAAUAGUCCACCGGCAAUUGCACAUGAUGGAAUGGGACUCGGUAUCGAGUUCUGGCAACAUAUGCAUUGCAUUACCGACAAUCAUACUGAAUGCCAGUCAGCGUUGAUGAUUGCUAAAACAUCACAUCGCGCCAUGCGCAAUGGUCGAGUUGCGGCUCAGGCUCGCGUUGACCAGUUCAUGCUGUUGUUGAGAGCACUGUCCGAAGAACUGGAGGAUUGGAAAUGGAAGGAACAGGAGGCUGAACAAACGAUCCUGUCUUUGGCUCAGAAGAACGACACUCGAACCGUUGAUGCAUGA